UAAAGUCGAAUGUAACACUAUGGCAGAUUCAAAGUUACGACUGUUUACUUUUGUACGCAGACACCUGGUUAAUAAACUAGAAUUGCACAAACUUCGACAAUUGCAACAUCUUGUUUCUUUGUCUACUUAUUUAAUAUUUUCCAGAAACAGAAA